UAACCAAAUUUUUCGUCUCCCAAAUUUUAAAAGUUUUAACAAAAAAUAAUAAAGUUUAAUUAAUUUUGUAGUUAUAAGUUUUUUAUUUAAUAUUUUAUUCGUAUGAAAUGAAAUAUUCUAUUUAUAUAUUUUGUUAUUGGAAACCACCAAGAAAUUUCAUUUGUGGAUCCAGCAACGGCAAUUUUGUCUAGGUUCAAUGUUGUUUCUUUUUUUUAUGAAACAAAGGAAACCCGAUCAACACAAAACUUUGCUUGUGAAUAUAAAUAAAAAAUAAAUGAUUAUGUCACUUGUCGUUUUUUAAUAAAAAGCUUUUUCAAGCUGAGAAAACUAUUUAUUUUGUAAUCAAUUUUUAAACCUUAUCAUUUUUUUAAAACCAAUGUUCUAUAUUUCGCCGCGAAGUCGUUAUCGUGCUGGUGCAUCUGAAUAAUUCUUGACAUUCCAUUGAAUGCAAUAUUUUUCGGUUUGACGCGUGUGCAAAUAUUUUUCAUCCGUUUUCUUUUUAUUGUUUUUUUUUUUUUGUAUUUGAUUUUAUUUUUCUGCCCGUGUGUGUUUCUUUAUUUUAUUUAAAUUUAUUUUCAACUUGGCUUUUACACUUUUUUUCUCCAAAAUUUGCUCACUUGCAUUUAAAAUCUAAUUUUGGAAAAAACUAAACAUUCAUAAUGAGUGCUGCCGCAGUAACAAGCCCCCUUAUCCACGACAAUAAUAAUUCCAAUAUUGUAAGACAUCAGAAACGUAUCGCGGAACAAUCAGCCGAUUAUAUUCGAGAUUUAAAUGACGAAGCUGUUUCUGAUGAUAAUGAUGAUGACGAUGAGACAUGUGCAAAUGAUUGUGUGAAAAAUAAUCCUUUGAUGAAACGUUUUAAGGGUUCUUCGGUACAGCGUAAUCCGGGUGAUUCGCAAUCACAUAUGUUAAUACGAAGAAAGAAACUAUUUAAUUUAUCGAAUGAAAAAUAUGGUGGAGCUGUAUUAUCGCCGGUUACGGAGAUUUCCUUAAAUCUAUCAGAUACAUGCUUGGGUACACCAGUUCGUCCAUUGAAUAGAGCAAACAUCAGUGGGAGAAGAAAAAUCAACGAUGAGGAUACCGCAAAACCAUCGUCAUCCGAUGAAGAAAAAGAAGAAGUACAACAACAACAAAAUCAUUCGCCUGAGGAUCAGGUUAACAAGUCUUCAAAGUGUGACAAUUCGAAAAUUGGAUGUGAAACUAAGAAGUCGAAAAAUGGUGUCGUUUCAAAUAAUUUCGAUUUAAAUGCAUUCCAACGUAAUCGUGGAGGACGUCGCCUUGUAAUGGACUCAUCCACAAUCCACACUGCCAGCGGCAUGGAUGAAUUGACAUUCUACGAUGAUGAAAGUCAACAUCCCAGCCAUGCAUUCACAUCCUCCAGCCCAACAGCCAAUGCACUCCUCAUGGAUGAAGAUCGUCUCUUAUCACCCGAAGGAAGUCCACAACGAUUCCAAAUCAUACAAUCCACAUUAUUGGAUAAACAUAAUAAUUCACAACAAUUAUUACAACAAAAUCGUCGUAAAAUUUUGGAACCAUCACCUCGUCUUAAUAAACAAACAUCAUCAGGAGUAGUGGGAGCAAUGACACCAGCUAAAUCAUUUAGAAUAUUUCAUAGUUUAAGUUCUGGUUCAAUGGAAUCCACAAUGGACGAUGAAUAUAUGGAAUUAUUUGAAAUGGAAUCAUUACAUGAUGAUUGUGAGGGCAAUGCACCUAGUAAUUUAAAUUCAUUAAUUAGUGGACAUAUUAAGACAACAAAAACAAGUCCUGAAUUAAUGAAACGACCACCAGUACGUCGUUGUUUGAGUUUAACCGAAAAUAUUAGCUCAGCGAAUCGAGCACGCACUGCAUUAUUUGAACCAAAGACUCCAGAGAUUCUGAGAACAGUACAAGAUAGGAUAUCAUUUUUGACAUCCAAUAAUCAAUCACCUUCACUGAAUACAACACCGUAUUCAUCGCGUAUGGUUGCGGAACGUUGUUUUAAACGUCCCGAUCCACCAUCCACAACAGUUAGUCCAGUACAGAGCAAAAGAUAUAAGGGAGACUUUUUCUCAGCAUCAGCUGAAAAGGAGAAUACUGGUCAUGGAUUGUUGCAAAUUCCAGCACAAAUUGAACAACAAUCUCUUCAACAACCUCAACAAGCUACCAACAGACCUGUUUUGCGGAAGUAUGUGUCGAUGAAUGAUGCUGAUAUUAUGAGCGCUUUGUCGAGAUCCUCAUCGGAACCAGAUUUAAUUGGAGAUUUUAGUAAACCCUUCUGUCUGCCUUUAAUGGAUGGUCGUCAUAGAGAUUUGAAAUCAAUUUCAAGUCAUACGAUGGCUAAUUUAAUUACUGGAGUGUAUAAAGAUUCAGUGGCUUCGUAUAAGAUCAUUGAUUGUAGAUAUCCAUAUGAAUUUGAGGGAGGACACAUUCGUGGUGCAAAGAAUUUGUACACACAGGAGCAAAUAAUGGAGGAGUUUGUUAAUUCAAAGACUGAUACACCUGCUGUUGAAGCUGAUGGACCAAAGAGGCAUAUACUUGUAUUCCAUUGUGAAUUCUCGUCUGAACGGGGACCAAAAUUAUCCCGUUUCUUACGCAAUAACGAUCGCGAACGCAACACAAAUUCAUAUCCCGCCCUACAUUAUCCCGAGAUCUAUCUACUCCAUGGUGGUUAUAAAGAAUUUUUCGAAAACCACUCAGAGUUAUGUGAUCCAGUGGCUUAUAGGCCAAUGUUGGAACCCUCCUACGCAGAAGCAUAUAGACAUUUCCGUGCAAAAUCAAAGAGCUGGAAUGGUGAUGUCAAAGGUUUAGGUGGCACUACAAGCCGACUAAAAAAAUCUAGGUCCCGUUUACUUUUGUAGGCUAUUUAUUAUUAUUAUCUAUUUUAAUUAUUAAUUAUCUUUGCUAUUUAAAUUAUAAAAAAAAAAAAAAUUAAUUCUGCUCUGUAAUUAUUUCUCUCUAUUAAAUUAAUUUAUAUAAAUUUCUAUAUUUUCGAUAAGAAAUUAAAGUUUUAAAUCAUUAACAAAAAAAAAACAAAAAAAAACAAAAAUAACAACAAAAAAGAUGUAAAACUUUUCAAAACUUUCGGACUUCAUAAGUAAAUUUUUUUAAUAUAUUUAUAUUUUUUAGUAAAAUUUUGUAAAAAAAAAAAAAAAACAAACAAACAACAAGCAAACAAAACAUGUGUGCAUUACUAAUUAUUUUAGGAUUAUUUAUAAAAAAAAAAAAAUUAAAAAACAAAAAAUUUAUAUACAAAAUUUGUCAAAAAAAAUUAAAAACAAAAAAAAUUAAAAUUCAAAAUUCUUAAAAAAAAAAAAAAAACAAUUUGAAAAGAAAAAAAAAACAAAAAAACCUGUAAAAUAAAUUUAAUUUGCUUGGUUUCCAGUGGAUAAUUAGUACAAAAUCUUAAAAAAAAAAAAAAAAAAAAAUUAUAAAAAAAAUCCCAAAGCAAUUGUAAAGAAAAUUCAUUUUAGUUUUAAACUUAACACAAAAAACAACGAAUACGCUUAUUUUUUUAAAUAUUAAAAAAAAAAAGAAUGUUUUUUCAAAGCAAAGCUUUUUUGAAAUAUAAAAAAUGUAGAAAUGCAAUAAAAGAAAAAUAAAAAAAAAAAA